ACGUCUCGUCUCACAUUUCACCAUACAACAACUUUAUUGUUUGACAUCUUGUUUUCUUUUUCUUCCUUUUCUUUUUCGACUCUUUUUUCUUUCAAAGAGGUAAGAAAGAAAAAACUGUAUUUGUAUUAUAACUAUACAUUUGUAAAGGUAGAAGAUGCUCCUUGCUGGACAAGUAGUACCAUAGAACCUUGGAAUUCCCAGGUCAAUUACUGUGUAAUACCUUACUAUCUACCCUACCUACCAAGGGCAAAUCUGGUACCUAGUAACUACUUAGGUACUGACACGUCAUCAUGGAUUUAUCCUUCUUAAACAGCCUCGAUAAGCUCGAAUUAGAUGCCAGCUCCAUUUUUCUGCUAUCGGUAACCAUCUUGGCUUUCUUAAUACCGGUGCUUGUCAUCUUGCCUCCCGUCGGCAUUCAGAAGAGCGAUGCCUUGAUCCAGACUCACACCAAAGCCGGCGUCGAGGGGGAAAAGAGCAAUCUGAAGAACCAAUCCUCGCCCGAACACGCCGCACAGGAUGGCACCUCCCCAAGAAUACAGAGCUUGGUCAUCUUCCCGGUCAAGUCAUGCAAGGGCAUCGAACUGACCCGGAGCAAAGUACUUCCAUCCGGACUUCAGUUCGAUCGCCUCUUCACAUUCGCUCAACUCAAGAGCCCCUUCCCCGUCGCUGUGGACUCGACGGAUGAGGAGAAGUCAAAACACAAAUGGGAGUUUAUUACUCAGCGGCAGUUCUCUAGGCUCGCCAACAUCACCGUCGACCUCUGGCUACCGGAUGAGAUGAAGCUGCGCAAGCAAUCCAUGAGGUCGACGGAAGCCUUCCUAAUCCUGCGAUUUCCUUGGAAGGAAGACGGCUGGCGCGGCCUGUGGUCGAUGCUCACCGCUAAGCUUGCGAGGGGCCGGUCCGCCGAGCCCGAGAUCGAGGUCCUGCUCCCGGUGGACUUCCCAUCGGCGGACGAGGUCAAGGAGCGCGGCUACACGUUCGAGGACGUCAAAAUCUGGAAAGAUACCGUCCACGCUCUCAACAUGGAAAGAGACCUCCCCGAUGAACUCCGGCGGUAUCUAGGCGUCAGCAACAAGCUCGCCCUCUUCCGCGUCGACCCGACCGAGCUGCGCGAGAUCUACCGAUGUGCCCCGCGUAAAGAGGAAGCCGGCUACCAACCCGUGACCGGAUUUCAGGAUGCUUAUCCGCUUCACCUGAUGAGCCUAAGCAGUUUACAAGAAUUCAGCAAAGAGGUGCCUAAGGAUGAUGCUCUGCGAGAAUUGGAUGUACUCAGAUUCAGACCUAACAUCAUUCUCUCCGGCGCCCCGGCCUACGAGGAGGAAACGUGGAAGCAGAUCCGGCUGAAGCCAGGAACCUCGGGUUUAUACAACGACGCAGUAUUCCAUGUAUCAUGCCGAACCGUCAGCGACCCCAGAUGCAAGCUCCCCAACGUCGACCCAAACACGGGGAUCCGCCACCCGAGCGAGCCGGACAAGUCGCUCCGCACGAAGCGGAACGUGGACGAGGGGGCCCCGCUCCUGGGCUGCCUCGGCAUGCAGCUCACUCCGCUGUUCGACCCCAGCCUCGGCGAAGACCGCGAGGGCUGGGUGGCCGUUGGCAUGACCGUCGAGGUCGAGCAGCUGGGCAACCACGUGUAUACCAAACAGUGAAAGAAAAGAAAUUCUCUCCUCUUCUCUUUUACUUCUGUACCAUCACGCCAGGGAAAGACAGACAGAUAGAUAGACAUAUAUGUAUAUACGUGUGUGUAUGUUCAUGGUACAAGAUGGGCCACACAACACUUAAAUAAUACCUAACUAGGGGUUUUCACAAGAAAAAUUCAAACAAGGGGGGAACGAAGGAGGAGGACGACGCCAGAUUUAGAUCAAUGUUACUCUGAUGAGCACCUUAGAUAUAGAGGAUGUAGCUGGAAAAACCUACUCAAAUACCUAAGCAUCACAUCAUCACAACUGGAAUAAUAGAUAGUAAUUAGAGGUUAGCAAGGUCGUUAUCA